CACACAGCGAGAUAAGCAUGCAUUAUCGAUGGGAAAAGCGAACGAUGCAAGUCGACGAAGCUAAAAUAAACGAGCUCAAUGAUUUCCCUCUGGAGUUGCUUCGCAUCAGUCCGAAUCAUGGAAUCUUGUAUCCAUUUAAUGCACACUAUUUCAACGUAACCGCCAGAUGCAACAAUUUACUGCCAAAUCGUUACUCGGCCAUUCUACAAUUGUACGUGGAAGACAUACCACUCGCAGCCAUUCCAAAAAAACUACAGUUGCAUACCAAGGAGUGCGGCAAGAAAAGACGUAACUGUUUAAUCUCCGUAGACAUUUUGGUCGCCGACGUAAAAGUUUGGGUGCAGUAUAUGAUGAACGACGAAUGGAAAACUAGCGAAUCCGAAGAAUUGAUCGAAAGUAUAUCCGAAACGAUACCAGAAUACAAGUACUCGCUGGAAGACGAAGAAACAGAGUGGAAGGAUGACACAGACGACAGCGAAGGCUACAAGUCUAUGCGUCAAUUAGUCGCCGACGAAUUGUUUUCUCAUUACGACAUCGUCAACUUGUUACAAUUCAAAUCUCUUCUGUGGGAACGCAUAAUAAGCAUGGGUAUCAUCAGACCUACAAGAACUCUGUACAUUGGCAUCGAAGAAACGUACGGUUUGAUCGUGAAGAAUUUCUCGAACAAUUUGUUGACUUACGCGUGGGGAGACACGAAUGGUUUUGACGUGGAAAAGGUGAAGCUCUGCGUGUGUCCCGAAAAAGGAGAAAUACAAGCCAAGAACACACAGAAAAUCGAGAUUACGCUCUUGCCAUUGAAAGAGGGACUCGUGGAAUCCUUGUUCAUCCCGUGUUUCGUUGGAAACUCUCAAAAAAUGAUAAUGCUUGGAAUCGAAUGUUUCAUCCAGCCGCUUUACGUUACAUUCUACCUUCCAUUAAACAACCCUGAACCUUUAAAGGCGAGAGACACCUUCGCUCGAAUCGAAUGGCGCGUGGACAGCUUGAAAGCUGCUCUCGAUUCAGCGGGGAAGAUCAAGGAAGGCAUGAAGCUUUUGAACAGGUACAAAAUGCGAGCGGAACGAGAAUUAAAAAACACGAAUCUGGAUCAAGGAGACGUACUCAAAGAUGCUUCUGUAGGCCCUUCGGUAUCUGACGUAGGCGCUGAAAACUCAAACGAACAGUGUUCUUCUAGCGCCCGUACUUCUGAAAUCAUUCAAAUGAGCAAAUUAGCAGCGGAAGAUAGCAAGCAUUCAGAAGAAGAUGCCGCUGUAUCUGGACACGUGGUACCUUUUCUGGAAACAAUUUUACCACCUCUGACGCAACGCGAUGUAAUCGAAUUCUUGGGCUUGUCGUUAAGAACAGUGGAGAAGAAGACUUUCGUAAUAAAAAACGAGACUCCGAUUCCGUCCAACUUUCAACUUCGGCUGAAAAAUUUCUAUCCCGUAAAAUGUUCCUGCGAACGGAAGUCAAAGGAGGAUCGUAUCAAGUUCAUGUACAAGCAAGUCUACCAUCGGAACAAGGAUUUAAUUGAAGAAACGCUGCGUCGACUGAAACAGCCCAAAUCGGGUGUUGUAAUUUACGUCGAUCCAUUGAACUCCGACAUGGGACCAUUCGAGGCUAUACCAGUAAAUAUUUACGUCUUUGCCGAUACUUGGGGCAUUUACGUCGACGAAUUAGACAUCGAUAUUACAGGCUUGCCCCGGUACACGUUAUCGGUGUGCGUUCAAGUCGUUGAUCCACCUAUAUCGUUGUCAAUUUGCGAAAACACGUCCACGAAGACACACCAUCUCAAAUUCGGACUGGUAUCAGCGGGUAUGCGUCUGCAGCCCAGAAAAGUAUUGUUAAAGAAUACUGGUGUCGUACCUGUAGCUGUCGAUUGGCAUUCGUUUUUGAUCAGCCCUGAGAAAGAACCAAUGCCCUUUAGCAUUAUAUACGACAUCUACACUCCGUUUACCGAUAAAUUAGCCAGAGAAUUGAAAGCCAGCAAACAAAAAAGUAGAAGUGAAUCGCACAUGGAGCAUCAUGUAACGGAGAGGGUAAAAUCGAAAAUAUACGAAUUUGAUUCUAUUGGAGUCGGAGAUAGCGUCGCAGAUGCAUCGAGUACAAUACCAAGUGCUUCCGACGAGGCAACGAUGUUGACUUGCACGUAAAUAUUCUUACGUGACGCAGUUAUGUAAUGAAGUUCUUGAUCCAAGUAGCUUUCUUUUUUUUUACGACUCUAUGGAGGGUUUGCAAACAUAUCGGUAGAAAUGAUGUUUGGGAAUCACUGAUGUAAUAGAAUCGUAAUCUGCAAAUUGAUUUAGGACAUUCUGCACGACAAGUAGUUACGAUUUUAAUAGUUCUGUACCUUCGAAAAGUAACAAAUAUGUAAAGGAAGAAGUAAACGAGUACAUGCCAGCUGAAACAAAAAAAGAAAACGAUUCCGAAUUCAAAGUUUCGAUACUCCCUUACUAUGGUGCAGUUGAUGCAACCGUUUGCCUGGUAAAACGAUUAAAUUACGAUACUAGAAAAAAUAUUUUAGAACCUUUAACGAUAAAAAAACUGUUUCGAUACUUCUCAAGAUCACUCCCCGGGAAAUUUUUGUUUUACCACAAGACAGUGCUUCUGUGACGAUCACUAUACAUCCCGAUAAAUGCAAAUUUCUUAACGGAGGCAGAGACUUUACAGGAGAACUGCAUUGCAAAAUUUUGGGAUUUCUACGAAUUGCUCCAAGCGAUAAGUUUGUAUAUUGUUUCAGUCGUAUCACCUCGUUAUGAAAUAUUUUACCAACUUGUAGGUAUCGAGAUAAUUGUUACUCUAGACCAGAUGGAAACUAUUUAACUCCGAUAGAAAUCGAUGUCACCGCAACUAUCGUGAGACCACAAUUGUUUUUUGAUAUCUCUAAAUAUGAUAGGACAUUCACGUGUUGUAUUAACGAUGUGAUGCAAAAUAGAUGGAAAUCGUUAAUGUGCGUAAGAACAUUUCGCCAUUUUUUUCAAACAAAUUAAGUUUAAUUCGUCUAAUUUUAGACUGAAGAAAACAUUCUUCUUCUACAACAAAAGCAGUAACAUAACGAAUGUUUCUUUUGAAACAUACAGUCCAUUUCACGUCGAGUCUGUUUCAAUUUAUACAGAAGCAAAUCCAUGUAAGCCAAUAAGGAAUAUAUGCAUAAAUGGCCAUGGAUGUGCAGAGGUAAUUUAUUCUAAUGUUUAUUCCAAGGGUUCAAAAGUUUUAAGUGAUACCACUGUCAUAGGUAGUGAUAUCGUGCAAUGUAGAGGAAGAGUUAAUCGAAACCUUAUUCCACACAAAUAGAAAUCAAGAAUUGUGUAAUUCAGUUAUUACAUUAGAAGAGUUAUUACUCAUUGUGCAUUCCGAUGAAAGCACUCAGGUAUAGAUUUUCCCCAUACUGUAUAUGUUUAUAUCUAAAGAAAUGUACACGUUCAUAAAUUUCAGGACGUGGCAUUAACUUUAAACAUCUGGCUACCAUCGUUAAAACUGUCUUUAUACACAAUAGAUUUUGGCAAUGUAUACGUAGGAGAUGCUAAGAAGCUAACAUUAGUUGUUGAAAAUUUAUCGAGUAUGUUUACUUGAAUAAUUUGUUUCAUAAUUAGAUAGAUAAUUUUUGUUGCUAAUAUGGUACCUUGAUUAAACUUUAAACAGUAUGCAAUUACAAAUUUAAUGUCAAAAAGAAGUUCAAAAACGAAGAAUUUAUAAUUGAUCAAUCAAAGGGAAUGCUAACAAGCCAUUGGAGCAAAGGAAGCAUUUUUGUAAUUACAAUUUCUUUUCAACCAAAGUAAAUAUGCUCAGAAUAUACUCUUAAUUACACUGUUAAUUGUGUUUGUAUCGGUGCUCAAUUAUGGUUUAAUAUAUAGAAAAGCUGGCUCGUCAAUGGAAACGUUAGAAAUAAUAACUAACGACCCGUAUACUACAGAAGAAUGCGAGCUUCGUGGAAAUGGAUCCUUAGAUGAAAAAUAUCACAUUCCAGGCAUAUAAACGGAAGGUUAUACUAACAAGUAGCCAUUAUUGAAAUAAUUACUUGAAAUCUAGUUAAAAUUAACUGUUUACUUAUUCUGAUAUCAACAUCUUAAUCAACACGAUAUGCUUUAUUAUACAUCGUGUAUUGUAUAUGUAUACAUAUAGUAUAGUAUAGUACCGAUAAUACUUUGUACACAAGAACUAGAGCAUAAUUUUACAAUUU